AUGCGCGCGCUAGGCCUGCUGGCAGUCGACGCAGCUGUCGCUGGAGCAAGGCGAGCGUGCGAGGCUUGCACUCCUGCUGCCAGGCCAACCGCGUCGGCCCUCGAGGCCGUACAGCGGCCGCUCUCUCGCUUCUCGUCUUUCUCCGAGUCCUGGGACGCGAGCCUCGCUGCUGCGGCUGCGGCGGUGCACUCGCUGCUGUUCAAUCGGGCCAACGUGCUCGUCUGGCGCGGGCGCCACAGUGCCUCGCAGAUCCCGGUCCUCGAAGUGUCACCGAGCCCAAGGGUUGGAGGCGCGUCAUGCUCGAGGGACCGCGCCGCCGACCUCGCCGGCCAGGCCCAGGACCAGCUCACGUUCGCCGCCGACCAGGCCGCCGACAGCGUCCGUGGCGCCGCCGCCGCCGUCCAGGACAAGGCGACCGAGGUGUACGACAGCUUUGACGGCCCGUGCCCGAACCUGCUCGUGCGCUGCGUCCGCAAGGACCAGGACGCCAAGAUCGUCGGCGACAUCGGCGAGAAGGAGUACAAGCACGAGGGCGGUCUCAAGUGUGUCCAGAAGCACUCUAAGCUGAAUGCCGCUGAGUGCAACGCCAAGUACCCGAUCGACUGCGCGGCCAAGUGCGACGCCGUCGGCUCGCCCAUUUAAGCGGUCCGACCGCGAGACCGUCAGGCUCGACAGUCGUUCAAGGAGCCGCAUGGCCCUCGUUCGGCCGCCCGAGUCGAGCCUCAUCCACCUUUGAUCCCCCUCUGUAUGUAGACCCCGAGCAGUGCGUGUAAGCGAGCCGGUGUGACCGCGCAGCGACG